UCAAUAAAUUUGUUUUGGUCAAAAUGCGAGCUACGAGCAGAGUUUUUAAAAUUUUAUUUCAUUUAAAGAUCCACAAUUAGUUUUCAAAAUCAAGUUGCGCUUAAUUAACCAAUUUGUCGGUUGUACUGCAGUUAGAAAAUAUUUACACUUAUUUAAAACACGUGUUUGGAAGUUUGGUUAUUUUGUGUGUUGUGUGUCCGUAAAUAUAAAUUAAAAUGUCUGAAGAGGAGCACGUAGACACGGAAUCAAAUACAAAAUAUAAAGAAGGCGUAAAUAAAAAUGCCAGAUUGAUCAUCAAAAAUGUGUCAUUCAAAGCCACGGAAGACAGUCUCAAAGAGCAUUUUUCUCAGUAUGGCAAAGUUGAAGAGAUAAAUUUACUAAAGAAACCGGACGGAAAACUUGUAGGCUCCGCGUUUGUUCAUUACACGCAAGUUCCUAUGGCUCAAAAGGCACUGAAUGGAACUAACAAGAAACCAUUUUUAGGCAGACCUAUAUUUGUUUCCUGGGCAGUUCCCAAACACAAAUACAAUGAAGAAGCAAUUAAAAAUGGACAAAAGACAAGAUAUUUCAAUUAUGAUGCAUCAAAUGAGGAUUCUAAACCAGAGAUUAAAGAUGAAGAUGAAACAGAAAACAAGGAGGAAACAAAGGAAGAGAAAAAUCAGAUAAGAUUAAACAGAAGAGCUCGCCUCAUAAUCCGUAACAUUUCAUUCAAAGCCACUGAAGAAAGUUUGAAACAGCAUUUUGAGCCAUACGGCACUGUACAAGAGGUCAGUCUACUGAAGAAGCCUGAUGGGAAAAUGGUUGGAUGUGGUUUUGUGUUAUUCAAGAAUGUGCAAAUGGCUAGAGAGGCACUGGCUAAUACUAACAUGAAACCGUUUAUAGGUCGACCCAUAUCAGUAGAUUGGGCAGUUCCUAAGAAUCAAUACAUGCGGCACGUAGUAAACCAACAGAUGGAGAUGGAAGAUAGUAUCAAAAAGGAGGAGUCAGACAGUGACGACGAUACUCCAAUGAAUGUAUCCACGGACGAGGUCAAGGAUGAAAUCAAGAGUGAAUCUGGAGACAGUUCUGAAGAAGACGCUGAUUCAGAGGAUGAAAAUGUGAAAUCAGAGGAUGAUGAUAAAGGAGAUAGCGAUGGUGAUGAAAGUGAUGACGAGGAUGAAGACGAUGAGCCUGCCGAUGAUGAUAAAGACGAUGAUGAUGGAAAGAGUGUCACAAGCACACAGCCAGAUUUUCAACGGAUAAAACUGAACGACGCAGAAGACGGUUGCACCAUUUUCCUGACGAACAUACCGUUCAGCGUGCACAACGAACAAUUGCAGGCGUUUGCGGAGAAAACUGGCCCCGUCAAAUACGCGCUCAUAUGUAUGGACAAACUGACUGAACACUCCAAAGGCUCCGGAUUCGUUAAGUUCGUGAAUAAGGACGACGCAGAAAGCUUUCUAGCGCUGCCAGCAGAGCAGUUGCGGCUUGAAGGUCAGGUGCUAAUCGUGAAACCGGCCCUCAAGAGAGAAAACCUGCAGAAGGGUGACAAGAAACAGCCCAAGGACAACCGCAACCUGUACCUGGUUAAGGAGGGAGUGAUCGUGGCGGGUACGAAGGCAGCCGUGGGCGUGUCCGCGUCAGAUAUGUCCAAGCGCCUGACACUCGAGCGAAGCAAGACGCAGAUGUUGAAGAACUUGAACAGAUUCGUAUCCCGCUACCGGAUCGUGGUGUCGAACCUGCCCCCCAAUUACGACGACAACGCGCUCCGCCGCGUGUGCGUCCGCACUGUGGGCUCCCCCGCUGUCGUCACCGAGUGCCGAGUCAUGCGCGAUCUCAGGGCGCCCAUGGGCCGAGACGGGAAACAGCCGUCCAAAGGCUACGGGUUCGUGAUGUUCACUCGCCAUGAAGAUGCGCUCGCGUGUUUGCGGAAACUGAACAACAAUCCUGAUGUAUUCGACAAAAAUAAUAGACCCAUCGUAUCGUUCUCAAUUGAAGACAGAACAGCUUUGAACGCAAGAAAGAAGAGAUUAGAGAAGUCAAUAGCAAACAAUCCAUUAGCAAACCAAGAUAAAGAACAAGAAAACACACGUAAGAACAGAAAGAGAAAACAUAAUUCAGCGCCCGACGAGAGUUAUAUGAAAAAGGGACGAUUCGACAAGAAUAAAAAAGAGAACACCAGCAAUAGACAAAAUCGAUUUGGGAACCAGAACAACGAACAAUAUGAGUUAAGAAAGAGCAAACAGCAAAAUAGAUUUGGUAAGAAAAAUAACUAUAACGCUGAAACUAACGUUGGAAAGUUUGUUAGAAGGCCAAUGGAUGACGUAGAAUAUGCUGGUUUAUCAGCCAAAGAGGGUAGUCAACACAAAAUGCGAAGUAACCAUAAACUAAAAGCCCAAGCGGAUAUCCAUAGACAAAAUGUCAAACAGGAGAAGAAAGUGAACAAGAGAUCCCAAAGAUUAAAGAUGGCUGCCCGUGAGAGAAUAAAGCAACCUAAGCAGAAGAUUAAUAAAAAUAAAAUCGGCAAACGCAAUAAGAAAAGGAAGUUCAACAAUGAUUUCAUGUAAAAAAUUAAAACUUGUAAAAAAUGUAUAAUAAAAAGUUUCCUCAAAGUUC